CAGUUUUCAUUGAUCUAAGCAUAAAAUAAAUCUCAAUUUAUUAAAUUUUCGCUAAAUGGAGACGUUUUAUUGAAAAUUAUUGCAUAUUGAAUUAGUAGUUAUUCAAAUUUAAUUGAUUUCAUUUAUUUAUAAGCUGAAUAAACACUAUCCAACAUGCCCCGGAUUAUGAUAAAAGGUGGCGUUUGGCGUAACACCGAGGAUGAAAUCCUUAAAGCGGCUGUUAUGAAAUAUGGGAAAAAUCAGUGGUCUCGUAUAGCUUCGUUGCUCCAUCGUAAAUCUGCAAAACAAUGUAAAGCCCGUUGGUACGAGUGGUUAGAUCCAAGUAUUAAGAAAACAGAAUGGUCCCGAGAAGAGGACGAGAAGCUGUUGCACUUAGCCAAAUUGAUGCCAACUCAGUGGAGGACCAUUGCUCCUAUCAUCGGACGUACUGCUGCACAAUGUUUGGAAAGAUACGAAUAUUUGUUAGACCAAGCCCAAAAGAAAGAGGAAGGUGAGGACAUGGGCGAUGAUCCACGUAAGCUGAAGCCUGGUGAGAUUGAUCCUAAUCCAGAAACAAAACCUGCUAGACCUGAUCCAAAAGAUAUGGAUGAAGAUGAAUUGGAGAUGCUCUCAGAAGCUCGUGCACGUUUAGCUAACACUCAAGGUAAGAAAGCUAAAAGGAAGGCUCGUGAAAAGCAAUUAGAAGAGGCUCGUCGUCUUGCUGCACUACAGAAGCGAAGGGAACUCAGUGCUGCUGGGAUAGCUGUACCAUUAAGGCGUAAAAAAAAACGUGGCGUUGAUUAUAAUGCUGAGAUACCAUUUGAAAAGAGACCAGCGUCUGGUUUCUAUGACACUUCGACUGAAGUAGUUGAUCCCAUGGCUCCUGAUUUCUCAAGACUUCGACAACAACACCUUGAUGGUGAACUACACUCUGAGAAAGAGGAGAGAGAACGUCGCAAGGAUAAGCAAAAAUUGAAACAACGCAAGGAAAAUGAUGUGCCACAAGCCAUGCUACAAGGUGAUGCUCCGGCAAGAAAACGCAGCAAACUUGUGCUGCCAGAGCCACAAGUUACUGAUCAAGAGCUGCAGCAGGUGGUAAAGUUGGGCCGUGCAUCGGAGGCGGCUCGCGAGGCUGCGUCGGGCGGUGCGGCGGCCGCUACCGACGCUUUGGUCGCGCAGUACGCGCUCACACCCGCGCCCGCCACUGCUCUGCGCACGCCCGCACAACAUGACAGAAUUCUAAUGGAAGCACAGAAUGUAAUGGCACUAACUCAUGUGGACACCCCAUUGAAAGGAGGCUUGAACACUCCAUUACAUGAGAGUGAUUUUUCUGGGGCACUACCUCAAAAUCAAGUUGUGGCCACACCUAACACUGUUCUGGCUACACCAUUCAGAUCAUCUCGCAGUGAAGUGUCCACACCUGGCAGUUUUAACACUCCAGGACAUGGCAAUAGUCAGCUUGGGCUGACCCCAGGCUUGCGAGAUAAACUUAAUAUCAACCCUGAAGACAGAGUGAAUGGUGGUGACACUCCUCAAAUUUCCCAUCAACUUCAAAAACAAGCAAAAACAUCAGUCAGAAACGCUUUGCAAUCUCUGCCUGUUCCGAGAAAUGACUAUGAAAUCGUGGUGCCGGAGCAAGAGGCUGGUGAAGAUAAGGACGAUUCGGCCGCAGUCGUUUCCGUGGAGGACCAAGCUGAUGCUGAUGCUAGAUAUGCUAAGGAACAAGAAGAAAAACGCGCGGCCGAGCUGUCGCGUCGCUCGCUGGCGGUGCAGCGCGGCGCGGCGCGUCCCGCCGACGUCAACGUGUCGGUGCUGCGCGGUGCCGCCUCGCUGUCCGCCCUCACGCCGCUGCAGCACGCCGAGGAACUGCUCAAAGCUGAGAUGGUCACCAUGCUGCACUACGAUGCCCUCAGGGACCCGCCUGAAGGUGUAGAUAAAAAGCGUGCUAUUCAACUACAAGCGUCCCAUUUAGCAUACUUAGAACAGCAUCCAUAUGAAGAGUUUGCUGACGAAGAAUUAGCUACCGCUAAAGAAGCACUGAAGAAAGAAAUGGAAGUGGUGAAAGCGGGCAUGAGUCAUGGGGACCUUAGUAUAGACGCGUACACUCAAGUCUGGGAGGAAUGUUUAGCACAGGUACUUUUUCUACCCGGUCAACAUCGUUACACGCGUGCUAAUUUGGCAAGCAAGAAGGAUCGUUUAGAAUCUGCUGAGAAAAGAUUAGAGCAGAAUAGAAAUCACAUGGCGAAGGAAGCAAAAAAAUGUUCAAAAAUGGAAAAGAAACUUCGUGUGCUAACAGGAGGUUACCAGAGUCGUGCCGCAGCUCUCAUAAAACAGUUUCAAGAAUUACAAGAUCAAAUAGAACAAGCUAAUUUAGAAUUAUCGACCUUUAAAUUCUUGGCUGAACAGGAGAAAGCGGCCAUUCCACGUAGAAUAGAAUCGUUGACCGAAGACGUCAGCCGACAGACUGAACGCGAGAAGCUUUUACAAAAGCGAUACUCAGAACUACAGGCCGAGGUAGAAAACAUGCAGAAAGGGAAGAAAAGUCAAGUUUCCGAAAAUGUUAAUUCUCAAAAAACGACUGCAUAAAAAUGUUCUUGUAAAUAUUAAAAUGGAGUAAUGACGCACUAAGCUAAGGAAGAUAUUAUCGUUUGUCCGCAAAAUUGUUUCUCAUACAUUUAUAGCUGCAGUUAAAAGUUUUACCUCUGUAUCGACGUAUCUGAUAUUUAGUGCUUAUGAAUUAAUAAUAAAAAACUAAACAGUGGAUCAAGACUAUCCGUAGUAUAGUAAAUGAGAACUUUUCUAUUAGAAGAUGAGUAACAAUAAUAAACACUGGAAUAAUAGGUAGUAGGAUUAUAACAAAAAUAUGUAAUAAAUAUCAGGUUUCCAUUAAAUAUAGUUUUU